AUGAGCGACGAAAAGAAGAAGCACAGGAAGUCCAAGAAGGAGGGCGACGCCGGUGAUGCCGGUGAAGGCGGUGGCGAGAAGAAGGAAGGCAAGCGCGCACAGCGCGCCACCUCCAACGUCUUUGGCAUGUUCCCUCAAACCCAGAUCCAGGAGUUCAAGGAGGCCUUCAACAUGAUCGACCAGAACCACGACGGGUUCAUUGAUAUCGAGGACCUGAAGGACAUGUACGCCUCCCUGGGUCGUGCUCCCAGCGACAAGGACUUGAAGGAGAUGCUGGAUGAGUCACCAGGCCCUCUCAACUUCACCAUGUUCAUCAACCUCUUCGGCGAAAAACUCAACGGCACCGAUCCUGAGUCCGCCCUCAUGAACGCUUUUGCCAUGUUCGACGACGACCACUCGAUGUACAUUUCCGAGGAGUACUUCAAGGACCUCCUCCAGAACAUGGGUGACAACUUUAGCGAGGAAGAGAUUCGGCAGGUAUGGAAGGAGGCGCCAAUUGCCGGUGGCAAACUGAACUACAAGGAAUUCGUCCACAUCAUGAGCCACGGUAACGAGCAGCUGUAG